AUGUCGCGGAAUAGGAAAGAUGUGGUGACUUUGUUCGACGUAUUCUGCGAAGUGGGUGCAACGUUGGAUGGUGAAAUAGCUGUCAUCCUUCAAAAAUAUCCUGAUGAUUUCAAUCAUGAGCAAACACUGAAAUCCGUAGCUCAGUUUAGCUUUCCGUGUGGCAUCGAUGACUGUAACAUGAAAACGGUACAACUGUUUUCAUUUGUUUUAACGGACGAAAAGUCGCAGUAUACGUAUGCUUUUUGUCGACAUACGCCGCACAAUAAUACAUGUAUUUGUAUCCUCAGCGGUCUUCCAUGGGCCAAUAUUUUCUACAGAAUUCUUAAUCACAUAUCAGCAGUAAUGAACAACAAACCGACAAAUGAAUUGGAUUCUUUCUUGACGUGUGCGUACCAUACACCUAUUCCUGGUCCUGGCGAGAGUUUACUUAUUGAAUCUAGUCCUGGUGUAAAUAAACUACAAGUGAUUGUGCCAGAUAGCAGUCGAUUGCCUACUUUGAAAGAGGAUAAAUUCAUGCUUGAAUUUUAUAAUGCCAUAUCAGAAAAACAAAUGAUCGCACUGUAUGCAAGCUUAUUGAAAGAACGGCGUAUUUUAUUUACGAGCGCGAAGUUAAGUCAACUUUCAUCAUGUAUAUUUGCUGCUGCAGCAUUACUUUAUCCAAUGCAUUGGCAAAACCUUUUCAUUCCUGUACUUCCUGUCGGUCUGAUUGAUAUGCUCAUGGCACCAAUGCCAUAUCUUAUAGGUGUGCCGAAGAGAAUUUUGCAGUCUGUGAAGCAGCUUGAGCUCGGCGAUGUGAUGGUUAUCGAUUUGGAGGAACGUACACUGCAGUGUACUCACAACGAUGUACAAGAUUUGCCAGCUGAAGCAUUGAGUAUCCUUCGACAUCAUUUACACUCAUCCUCUAACAUGUUCUUUUCGGAUGGAUUAGCUCGUUCAUUUCUCAGGACAAACGUUUUUCUUUUCGGUGGUUAUCAUAAAGGAUUGUCAUGCUCAUCGUAUUCUUUUUCAUGGGAUCGCCAAAAAUUUAUCCUAAAUCAGAAACCUGGUCUUCAGGCAUAUUUGCGGUCCCUACUUGGGCAAGAUGGUGUGCAAUACCUUGAACGAUUCAUCGACGAAAGAAUCGCAGCGUUGAACUCUGGCGCACCAAUUGAUGAUGAAUUUGAAAAAGAGAUUCGUGUUAAUGAAAUGAAAUCGUCGAAGACAUCAUCGCAUCUGGUUCGAGAAAAUGCUAAUGAUGUAAUUGGUUUAUUGAAAGAUAAAGUUCAUUCCAUUGCGCUAAAAGAGCGCUUGGGCCGUUUGACCCCAAAAGAAAUUCGACGGGUCUCUUCUAGAAAAUCACAUCCUUUUUACGAUGAUGGAGCGCUUUCAUUCGAAACACAGCAAUGGAUGACCGAAAAAAAGGUGGAACCUGAUGGCGAGACCACGUUGUCAUCAAUUGACGAGACAAUGGAUCUGAUCGAUUUGAGUGACAACUCAUUACCAUCGAAUCACAGAGCAGAUGGCUCACCCUGUACUUCAGUUGGAAAAGCAGAGAUUACAAGUGCAGCGAAACUUGUAGAUGCUCCUCCACAUCACCUCUCGCUACAAUUCCUGAAUUUCGAUCCACUUGCACCGUUACCGUCAACUACUUCUUCACCACCAAGUCCGUUUAAUUGCAGUGUUCCCAGAGACCGUUGGCAACGUUUUGAUUGA